AUGGCUCACAUCUACGAGGUUGCUAACUUGGUUGAAUACCCCUAUGUCGACGGUCGGAAGAAGGGAGACCAAGUCAAGUUUCCCGACACUCCAGUUUUCCAAACUUUCAAUGCACCCUCCCGACUUGAGGGCGACAUCUUUGAUCUUGAGAUUGACGGAACUAUUCCACCAGAAAUCAAUGGCACCUUCUAUCGGAUCCAGCCUGAUCACAGAUUUCCUCCCUUGUUUGAAGAAGAUAUUCAUUUCAGUGGGGAUGGCAGCAUUACGGCAAUUCGAAUCCAAAACGGCCAUGCGGACUUCAAACAGCGCUAUGUAAAGACCGAUAGAUUUAGAGCAGAGACCGCUGCCAGAAAGAGUCUAUUUGGCAAAUACCGCAACCCGUACACUGAUUCUGAGUCUGUGAAAGGUGUUAUCCGAACAGUCGCCAAUACCAACAUUACUUUUUGGCGAGGGAUGCUUUUAGCAUCGAAGGAAGAUGGCCCUCCAUAUGCGAUGGACCCGACCACUUUGGAAACUAUUGGUAGAUACGAUUUUGAGGGCCAAGUGCAGUCUCCUACCUUUACCGCCCAUCCCAAAUUUGACCCAGAUACGGGUGAAAUGAUUUGCUUUGCCUAUGAAGCGGGUGGGAAUGGAAAUGAUGGGUCUUGCGAUAUUGUGGUCUACACCAUUGACGCCAACGGAAAGAAGACAGAGGAGGCCUGGUACAAGUCUCCAUUUUGUGGAAUGAUCCAUGACUGUGGAAUCUCGAAGAACUAUGUAGUUCUUCCGUUGACACCUCUGAAAUGUUCUAUUGAUCGACUGAAAAAAGGAGGCAAUCACUGGGCAUGGGACCCCAAUGAAAGCCAAUGGUAUGGGAUCGUGCCUAGAAGAGGAGGAAAACCGGAGGACAUAGUCUGGCUACAAUCCGAUAACGGAUUUCAUGGACAUGUCGCUGGCUGCUACGAAAACGAGGAAGGACAGGUGGUCUUCGACUUGACGGUUGCGGAUGGGAACGUUUUCUUCUUCUUCCCGCCUGAUGGACAAGAUGCGAGUACAUUGAACGCAAGAAACCGUCUACAGAGCAUUACCCAUCGUUGGGUGUUUGAUCCCAAAGGCAAAACGGGAUCUCAUGUCAAGCCUGAAAUCCGCUGGGACACCAGUGGUGAAUUCUCCCGUAUUGAUGAUCGAUUCGUUACCAAAAAGUACAAUCAUUUUUGGCAGGCCAGGAUUGAUCCAACUCGAGAAUAUGACGCGGCUAAGUGUGGCUCGCCAGCUGGAGGCCUCUUCAAUUGCCUGGGCCACUACACGUGGGAUGAGAAGAGUGAAGAUGUACUCUGGGCCGGGCCACGAGCGACAUUUCAGGAACCAACAUUUAUUCCUAAAGAUGGCGGCGGAGAGGGCGAAGGAUGGAUCAUCGCCCUUGUUAACCGCUUAGACAUUCUUCGAAAUGAUAUAGUGAUAGUGGAUGCCAAGAACUUGAAAGGAGGACCGCUGGCAAUUAUACAUCUUCCUCUGAAGUUACGGCUCGGUCUACACGGCAACUUUGUUGACCAGCGAGAGAUUGAAGGCUGGCAGCGUCGUCGAGAACCCAAUGGUGAGGUUGGCCCGGCUUGUCCAGCCCAGAAACCUCUUGCGUGGCAGUUGAAUGAUUUUGCCUAA